GUUCAUUUUUGAUUCAACGAAUGCCUCGAGCGGUUGUGGUUUAAUGGUCGGGUCGGGCGCGAUUCGAGAUUCGAGUUUCCGAGAUAAGCCGCUAACGAAAAGAACUCCACCGCAUACAACGAUGUAAACAAAGAGAUUGGCUAUUAAAAUAGCUGCACAGCGAGUGCACUUUACACAUAUUACAAAUUAUAUAUAAAAAACCUGAUUGUAUGUGCACAAAGUGAAAUCAGCUGGACAACAAGAUGAGUGAUAUAAUCGCGGGACUGUGCUAAUUCUGCCACCCAGAAGCCCAGAGCUUUAUAAUAUUCCGAAUUGGGAGUGAAUUGGAAGACAAACAAUUAUGUGCAAACAAAAGUCGAUCGCUUCAACUGUUUGGCUAGUGUCCGGAGCUCUAUGGCUGACACUGGCCGUGGAGACGAAUGCCUACGGAUUUGGACGUUGCCCGAAUUAUCCGUCGAUGCCAAAGUUCAAUAUGAGUCGGGUUCUUGGCCACUGGUACGAGGUGGAGCGUUCUUUCUACCUGCCGGAGAUCGCCUCCGGAUGCACCACUUUCCAGUUCGAGCCAUACAACAAGGCGGAACAGUCCAAGUUUGCGAAUUUUAAGCUGGCCGUGGCCAUCAAGAACAUUAAUCGUAUAACUGGUAAUCCCAAUGUGAACAUAGGCUAUGCCACUCCCGAAAAUAGUCGGUCCUCCAUCAUGGAUUUCAAGUUCACCACCCGUUUUCCGGAUGUUAUUGCCCGUUUGCUGCCAGGAUCUGGAAAGUACCAGGUACUCUACACGGACUAUGACAACUUUGCCAUUCUGUGGUCCUGCGGCAGUAUCGGAUCACUGGGCCACUCCGAUCAGAUCUGGAUCCUGGGACGUGAUCGGGACUUUGAGGUGGACAUCCGUUCGAAGGUCUACGAUGUCCUGAAGCGACUGUCCUUAGAUCCGGACAGGCUAAUUAUAAGCAAAAACAAAAACUGCCCGGAGGCACUAUGAAAGAGAGUGUCCAGCUCAUCCACCAUCUAAUUAUUAUAGUAUAUUUAAGUUCAUUCGGUUAAGGAACAAAUUCCAUUGGAUGCCUAAUCAUGUAGGCUGCUGUGAUAUCGAGGAGUGUGAAUCGGCGGAGAGAAGAGAAAAAUACAAAUAAAAUAACGCAAAUAUAGAA